UACAUACUACGACGACACAAUACGACACGUACUGGUGGACCGGUACAAAACAACACGAGACAGGAACUCCUACGUAUGCCUGUGCUGUAUUUGAUAAAUACCAGCUAUUAUAAUCAAAACUCUAGUGAUUAUUUUACAGUUUGGUGGUAAUGGCAACCAAGUCGGCAUGGAAUAUUCGUUCUUCAGAGGCAGCUAAGAAUACCGUGAAUCCUAUCCGUAUUAUCGUUGAUGGCAUGAAACUAGAGCCAAACCCUAAAAAACAUCUCAUUUCUCUAUCUAUUGGUGACCCGACCAAGUUUGGUAAUCUUCCACUUGAUCCAUGUAUUACUGAUGCAGUACACGAUGUUAUAGACGUCUACAAAAAUAAUGGCUACUCGCCAUCUGUAGGGAAUGAAGAAGCUCGGGCAGCUGUUGCAAAAUAUUACAGUACAGAUACUUCACCUUUAACCUCUAAGGAUGUGAUUUUAACAAGUGGUUGCUCAGGAGCAAUAAACAUCGCCAUCACGGUGUUAUGUAACCCGGGCGACAACAUCCUCAUCCCUCGUCCUGGUUUUUUGUUGUACCGCACUGUAGGCGGCAACAUCGACAUCGAAACCAGGAGUUAUAGGCUGUUGCCUGAGAAGAAUUGGGAGGUUGAUCUGAGCCAUUUGGAGGAGCUAAUAGAUGAUAAAACCAGAUGUAUCGUCGUUAUAAAUCCGUCAAAUCCUUGUGGAUCAGUCUAUGAUAAGGAGCAUCUCAUUCAGAUUGGCAAAGUUGCAACCAAGCAUCACCUGCCAAUCUUGGCAGAUGAAAUCUAUGCUGGUAUGGUGUUUCAGGGUGAAGAAUCUCCUUGCAUGGCUGACAUCACAGAUGUGCCAAUACUUAGCUGCGGUGGUACAGCCAAAAGGUUUCUUGCCCCAGGAUGGCGAAUCGGAUGGCUUCUUAUACACGAUAGGCACAACGCAUUCCAGAGUGAGGUGCGUGAAGGUCUUUUUCACCUUACCACUAAACUUCUUGGACCAUGCUCUAUCAUGGAGGCAGCAUUACCUGGUGUGCUCAAGAACACACCAAAACACUUUUUUGACAAAACUUUGAAAAUUUUGAAGCAAAAUGCAGAUGCAUUGUAUUCAGGCUUCAUAAAAAUUCCAGGUAUUACUCCAAUAAUGCCUAAAGGUGCAAUGUAUAUGAUGAGUAGUAUUGAGGUGGAGCACAUGCCAAAUAUCAAGGAUGACAUGGAUUUUGUGCAGAAAUUGAUGGCACAUCUAGAUGUGUAUAAGAGACAGCACACAUAG